AUGGGGAAGCGAAAGAAUUUAGGAAAAGAAAAUGAUUACGGAGAUAUUUCUCGAUUUGUGGGAGGAGCUGUAUACAGAGUUCAUAUAUUUAUUAUCGCCGUAGAGGCGUUGCCCAAACAACAAAACAAACACACCAUAAAGGUAGAUUAUGGUUAUGAUAGUGUGUUAGUUAGAGGAGAAUUGAGAAAAGACGAUGAAGGUUGUUAUGAACAUGUCUCCGCCUUAGAAAGUUUUACGAUGGCAGUUCGGGUGAGGGAGAUAGAUGGAUUUAAUAAGGUUGUUACUGCGUUAUCAGUGGCCUCAAUGGAUGAUGGGACUCGACUGGAAACGAGCAAACCGAUAUACAUCCUUGAUGAUGAAGAUAUGACCCUAUUCAUGGCGAUAAGAGCUGAUCUUGAAGAUGCAACAACCAGCGAGAAAGGCAAAUGCCAAGUUACCGAGUCAAUAUUGUCUCAACCUGCAUUCAAGAAUGUUUUACCAUGUAACAACAUGUUUGAGGUGGAACAAGCUUCUACAGAAGCGGAAUUUGACGCUUUUAAAAGAACCUACGUCGCGGAAAUGUGGCGAGAUGUAUGUACUACAGAGAGGACUCUAGAAGGACAGCAAAUGGAGACAGUUGUGGCAAACGAGGGAACAAAGACAGCUAGAACAUUGAAUUGUGGGGUAACUAUGUCACAACAAACUCCCGUUGAAGACGAAAACCUAGCUGACACUUGCUGGCGCAUCCAUGGCAACACCACAAACCAAAAUCUUAAUGUUGUCGUCAUUAGACUCUUCGUUUGGAACACCGAGUUCCCCUUCUACCAGUUUUAA